GGAUUUAGCUUUGGUUAAUAAACAGAUUACUUGGGUGGCCAGUACCAUUUGUCAAGAGGAGCAGAUACCGCUGUUUGAAGGGCAUGGUUUUAAGCGUUUCCUCUGCUCUGAUUUACAGCUGUUCGUUAGCCUACUGUGUAGUGUAAUCCUUUUUGAUGUGGCAAACCCGAGGUGAGAUUUAGCUUUAUGAACGCAGUAAGUGCGUUUGCCUCCUUAUAUUGGCAACGUUUAGUGAAUGUGGGCAGUCUUCUCUUCUCCUUUGCAAUACUUGUAAAGGAAAAGUUCUGACCGUCUGCCUAGAGACGCUAAACAGCAACCCAUCUCGGCGCACUUGGAUUCUAAAGCUCACUACGUCAGGAAGGGCUGAGCCAGAAACGAAGUAAGUCAAAGUGAACAGAAGAAGCAGCUACUGGCGUCAUGUUAGGCACAGGCAAGAAGGCGAAUCCUGUGCAGAAGAAUGAAGCGAAGACAGCGGCAGGGCACGACCCCUUAAGGAAUUUAGGCCUGGGGGACGAUGAGAACGUGCAGCUGAUGCUGCAGGGCACCACCAUGGUGAAGGUGCGGUCCCCGCGCUGGCAGAAGAGGCGUGCCCUGCGCCUGCUGGACGAUGGGGUCACCGUGUGGUGCGAGUCCAGCAAGAGCUCCCGCAGGGCCAAGGCCCAGCAGAUCUUCUCGGUGACAGAGGUAGAGUGCGUGCGUGAAGGCUGCCAGUCAGAGGUGUUGCGGAAGUUGGCUGGUUCAGUUCCAGAGGGCCGGUGCUUCACCGUGGUGUUCAAGGGUGGGAGGAAGAGUCUGGACCUGUGCUGCCCCAGCGAGGAGGAGGCGCAGAGCUGGGUCAGAGGAAUCCAAACCCUGCAGGAGAGGGUCUCCAACAUGACCCAGAAGGAGAAACUCGACCAUUGGAUUCGGGGCUACCUGCAGAGGGCAGACCAGAACCAGGAUGGGAAGAUGAGCUACGACGAGGUGAAGCGGCUGCUGCAGAUGAUCAACAUUGACCUGAACGAGCAGUACGCCCGCACUCUCUUCAAGAAGUGUGACCGCUCUGCAGACGGGCGUCUGGACCACGUGGAGAUCGAGGAGUUCUGCCGGGAGCUGCUGCGGCGGCCGGAGCUGGACUCAGUGUUCCUGCAUUACUCUGGCAAUGGCUACGUUCUGUCCACCCUGGAGCUGCGUGACUUCCUGAGGGACCAGGGAGAGGAUGCCUCGCACAUUCAUGCCCAGAGCCUCAUCCUUUCCUACGAGCUCAACCAGUGGGCCCAGAAGAAUCAGUUCAUGACCCCGAAUGGCUUCACCAUGUACAUGCUGUCCCGUGAGAAUGAUGUGUUCAACCCCGAUCACGCCGACGUUUACCAGGACAUGACCCAGCCGCUGGCCCACUACUACAUCUCCUCCUCCCACAACACCUAUCUCACCAAGGACCAGGUGACCAGUGCGAGCAGCACCGAGCCCUACAUCAGGGCACUGAAUCAAGGCUGUCGCUGUGUGGAGCUGGACUGUUGGGAUGGGGACAAGGGAGAGCCAGUUAUCUACCACGGACACACUCUCACCUCCAAAGUGCUCUUCAAAGAGGUCAUUGAGACCAUUGCUGAAUACGCAUUCAAGGCAUCGCCGUACCCCCUGAUCCUGUCCCUGGAGAACCACUGCUCGGUAGAGCAGCAGGCGGUGAUGGCCCAGCACCUACACACCAUCCUGGGGGACAAGCUGCUCACCAAGCCCCUGAAUGGCCAGCUACUCAAGACCCUACCUUCCCCAGAGGAGCUGAAGUGGCGGAUCCUGGUAAAAGGGAAGAGGGCAAGCGUCCGGUCUGGGAAGGCAGACAGCUCCUCCAGCUCCUCCUCCAGCUCAGAAGAUGAAUCUGGGGGCGGGAGCAAGACCAAAGCCAAGAAGGAUUCCGGAAAGGCUGCGUCAUCCAAGCUGAGCCCAGAGCUGUCUGACCUGGUCGUGUACUGUCGCAGCGUGCCUUUCCGGGGGUUCGACCACGCUGCCAGAAAACCCCCCAGUGAGAUGUCGUCCUUCUCCGAGAGCGAAGCCCUCCGUCUCAUCAAGGACGCAGGAAAACUGUUUGUCCGGCACAACAGCAGGCAGCUCAGCAGGAUCUACCCCUCCGGCCAGCGCCUCCAGUCCUCCAACUACGACCCGCAGGAAAUGUGGAAUGGCGGCUGCCAGAUAGUGGCCCUCAAUUUCCAGACCCCAGGGGAGCAGAUGGAUCUGAACCAGGGCCGCUUCCUGCCCAAUGGACGCUGUGGCUACAUUCUGAAGCCCAGCUUCCUGCGCUGUGCCGACUCCGACUUCAACCCUGAGAACACAGGCGGUGGUCCCGGUCACAACCCCACCCUGCUGAACAUCCGGGUGAUCUCGGCCCAGCAGCUCCCCAAGCUGGAUACAGAGAAGCCCAACUCCAUCAUAGACCCGCUGGUGUGGGUGGAGAUUCACGGGGUGGCUAUUGAUAAUGCCCGCAAUAAAACCCACCGCAUUGACAACAAUGGCUUCAACCCCCGCUGGGACUGCACCCUAAGUUUCCAGCUUCAUGUGCCAGAGAUGGCUCUAGUGCGGUUUGUGGUGGAGGACCAUGACUACACCUCCAAGAAUGACUUUGUGGGCCAGUUCACUCUGCCCUUCACUAGCUUGCGCACAGGUUACCGACAUGUCCACUUGCUGAAGGCUGAUGGCUCUAGUCUGUCCCCCGCCACUCUCUUCAUCCACGUCAAAGUGUCCCACAAAGGAGUCCCUGUAAAGGCCGCAUCCCCGUGUCGACACUGAGCUCUGUGACUUGCUGGCGACAGUGGGAGAUAAGAGGGGAUGGGGAGGAGGGUGGGCCAACAGAAGCUCCGCCUUCCCUCUGAGCACUUUUAGAGUCAGACACUCAGACUGCCUUUGCUCGGUGUCUGCCUCAAACACUGACACUGCUGGGCACAGCAACUGAUCACCAGUCUUCUAAUCUCAGAGUGCUCUACACCUUUGACCAGUAGAUUUGACUUGGCUCCAGUUGAGUCUUCAUUCUUUUGGCCGUUGCUUUGCACAAAUCUGCCAGGAGCUUGCUGUGCUUGGAUGGGAGCCUUCUGUUGGACCAAGAGCAGUGGCAGUUUAAAUUCAGUCAAUGACAGUCAUUCAGAGGCCAAGCGAGUGGUUUAAAUCUUAAAUGUACGGUUUCAGGUUUGAACAGGGUUUGGAUGUGUGUGUGGCCCAUUUCACAGCCCAUGAACUCUCAAGGCAACAACAAAUAUGAAUUUUGAGGUAAACUCAGUGAUAGGGCAUAUUAAAUGACUCUGUUAGAGGCCUGUUGUACAUUUACAUUUACAUUUAUUUAUU